UAUCCAUUGACACACGCGCCCCACACAUACAUACCAGAGUGAUUCUGAGUGUUGGAAAGGAACCGUCCGCUCAGUUAUUUUCAUCAUGGUUAGCGGAGGGCGUGAGUGCAUCAGUAUCCACGUGGGUCAGGCUGGGGUGCAGAUGGGCAAUGCAUGCUGGGAGCUGUACUGCCUGGAGCACGGUGUUCAGCCUGACGGGAUGAUGGUGGUGGAGGAGGGCGGAGAGUACAUGCCUGAUGAUUCCUUCAGGACCUUCUUCAGUGAGACCUCCAACGGGAAACAUGUCCCUCGAGCUAUCUUCGUGGACCUGGAGCCGACUGUCGUGGAUGAGGUGCGGACAGGGACGUACCGCACCCUCUUCUCCCCUUCCAUGCUUCACACUGGCAAGGAGGACGCCGCUAACAACUAUGCAAGGGGACAUUACACUGUGGGCAAGGAGCAGCUGGAUGUGGUGUUGGAUUCCAUACGCAAGCAGGCGGACAACUGUUCAGGGCUCCAGGGGUUCUUGGUAUUCCACUCGUUCGGUGGAGGAAGUGGAUCAGGAUUCGGAUCUCUUUUAAUGGAGUAUUUGUCACUUCAGUAUGGCAAGAAGUCAAAACUGUGCUUCUCUAUCUAUCCAGCCCCUCAGGUAUCAACAGCUGUAGUGGAGCCUUACAACUCCAUCCUGUUCACCCACACCACUCUGGAACACGCUGAUGUCACAUUCAUGGUGGACAACGAGGCUAUCUAUGACUUGUGCCAGAAGGAACUGCAUAUUACACGUCCCACUUACACUAACUUGAAUAGAAUGAUUGGCCAGGUUGUGUCCAGCAUCACAGCUUCUCUCCGCUUUGAUGGAGCACUCAAUGUGGAUCUGACGGAGUUUCAGACCAACCUAGUGCCGUAUCCAAGAAUCCACUUCCCUUUGGCAACCUACGCCCCAGUGGUUUCAGCAGACCAAGCUCUUCAUGAUAACUUUGACGUGCGCACCAUCACGGCUAAGUGUUUCGAGACGUCUCAUCAGAUGGUGAAGUGUGACCCGCGUGACGGCAAAUACAUGGCGUGCUGUCUGCUGUACCGUGGCGAUGUGGUGCCAAAGGACGUGAAUGGUGCUAUAGCGGACACCAGGGCCAAGAAGAACAUGACCUUCGUUGACUGGUGUCCCACGGGGUUCAAGGUGGGCAUCAACUACCAGCCCCCCACAGUGGUGCCCGGGGGAGACCUGGCUAAGAUGGACCGCGCGGUGUGUGCCCUGAGUAACACCACGGCUAUCAAGUCUGCAUGGGAACGCCUAGACAGGAAGUUUGACCUCAUGUACAAUAAGAGAGCCUUUGUCCAUUGGUAUGUGGGUGAAGGCAUGGAGGAAGGUGAGUUUGCCGAGGCGCGGGAGGACUUGGCAGCUCUGGAGAUGGACUAUGGCGAAGUGGAGGAGUCGCCUGAUGAAGAUGACACGAGCCAGUACUGAAAUCUGGACUGUAAUCUAUUAUUUUUGUGUGUUUUUUUGUGAUUUUUUGUAUUUUUCUCUUCCUGUCUCACUGUAUUGCUUUAUUUAUCUAUUUUUUUAAGGUUUUUCUUUCUCUAUUUCCUGUCUUUAUUACAUUUUAAUCUAUUGUUCGUUUUGUUUACUUGUCUUUCUCUAUCUCUCUCGUUUUUUUCUUUUCUUUUUAUUGUAGCCUUCUUCUUUCUCCUCCUUUUGUCUU